UUCCCAGCAUUCAGUACUCCACAUAGCCAGACUUUGUAAUGUGUUCUAAAUCCAAGUGUCCCAUUAUCUACUUAUCCAGCCUUGUAAGGAAGUGUGCCAGAUUCUAGCACUUUGACUAGUCCUCAGUCAAUGCAUGCUAUGCCCAAACGUCCGAUAUUUGACUGAUCAGUCCUAAUAUCAUGAAUUCUACUAGGCCGGUCUGUCCUUAAUACGUCCUGAGCCAGAUCCACUUGACUACGUUCGGCUUAUGAUGAUUCUCAAGAGACAUAUACGGAAGUUUAAUCCCGAAGGUCAUCUGUACAGAACUAAAAACCAAAAAUUAAAGUUCCACUCCUUUCUGAUGGUCAUCGGAGUCUCGGUCAUCCUUGUGCUCUCGGCCACAGCCAUCAUCUGCUUCAAUACUCGGUCCGAGAUGCUCUGGUGCUCGUUGCUGUUGGGUCAUUUCAGGAAAGAAUUACAGCUCCCAGAAUGCAAAGACAUGUCGUGGUCUACUGUAGGUAGGGUUCAGGUACCCACAGAGGUGACGAACGUUAACGAAGCUGUAGCGAUGCUCCCUGGUAUGAAAGCUGGUGGGCGCCACUGCCCCAGAGACUGCAAGCCUAAAGACAAAACAGCUAUCGUGAUACCUUUCCAGGACAGGCAGACGCACCUGGAUAUUCUCUUGGCAGUGCUGUUGCCCAUGUUGGUCAGGCAAGGUCUGGACUUUUGUGUGUUUGUGAUCGAGCAGAUGUCACGUAACGAGUUUAACAAAAGUCUCCUUACCAAUGUUGGUUACAUUGAGGCGCUGAAGAUUGACGACUUUGACUGCUUCAUCUUUCACGACGUCGACCUGGUACCCAUUGAUGACCGGAACAUCUACAGGUGCCAUACCGACGGGCCUGUUCACAUGGCGGCUGCUAUCAAUAAAUUCAACUAUAGUCUAAUGUAUCAUGGAUACUUCGGCGGAGUGGUCGCUUUCACGAGGAAGCAGUACCUCAAGAUCAACGGCGCUUCAAACAUGUACUUCGGGUGGGGCGCCGAUGACGAUGACUUGAGAGAUCGAGUGACAUUCAAAAAUUUGACUCUGUUUCGAAAAACGUAUAAAUAUGGAGCCUAUGACAUGCUGUAUCACACAGAUUCCAAGAAGAACUCUGACAGGUUUAAAGUUUAUAAAACGCGAAAGGUCAGGCAAGACUAUGAUGGUCUUAAUUCGGUGGUUUAUACAUCGUCUGGUUUACUGUUGCUUCCAGCAUACACCCGGAUUGGAGUGUCUUAUGACAGAGUCCUCGUUGAGAAGGCUAUACCUCUACACAUUGGAUCUGGACCUACGAAUGACUUUGAAUAUAUGCAAGCCAAGUUUGUCACUAUUGAAUAAUACGCAGAGAACAAAAAAACUUACUUAAGUUAGCAUAGCGAAAAUGAGCAAAUACAUUCUGAUUUUAUGAUGGUAUAUCACCACAACACUGAUACAUUUUAUGAACUUUAUCUCUGCUCGCAAAAUUUGGAGGAAAAUUUUGAUACUUCAAAUGUUUGACACGUUUCGGAGGCUCCUUCAGAGUUGAGGAUAAGAUACGUCCUAUUCCAAAUCUCCCUCAAGACGACGUGGGGUGGCAUGAACCAGAGACAAGCGAGACAACCGAACGACAGUCCAGUGAGCAUACCAGGCCAGGCAGCCAUAAUUCUAUUAUUCUUCUUCAUUUUUUGAAAUUUAAACAUAAAAAAAAUCUAGAGGAAA